AUGAGCAAUGACAUGACAGUUGUAUUUUCUAUCCUUGAUGAUGGACCGCAAAAUUUUGUGAAUAUUUACAAAAAUAACACGUGAUAUUCUAUUAAAUUACCAAGGACCUGUUAAUUUGUAGUUGAUUACGCCAUAUACGUAGUCAAGAUUGUUUAUUAGUUAAAUAUAACCUAGCAAAUGCCGAUAUGCAGGUGGUAACUAAAGUUCGUCUUUUUAGAAGUCCUUAUACCAUCUUCUUUAUUACUGAGGAUCUGAGCGUGUUACCUGAUGAACAACAUUACAAGUCCAUUGGUGUGAAGACUGGAGACUGCUGUGAACUAGAGUUAGACGGCGAGGACGAAGUCAAAAAGAAGCUCAAGUUCAGAACAAAUGCUCUAUUCCUACAGCCGUUUGUAAAGGAAUGUGUGAAUUCUGAUGUCUACAGAUCGAAAGUGGUAUCACAUUUGAAUCGCUUGGGCGGAUAUCCGGAGUGUGGGACUGUAUUUUUGAAAUUGAUUCUAGAACCUCCAGACACUGAAAUUAUUGACUACGCUUGGAAUGAUAGAAUUCUACGACUGAUUUGGACCAGAGUUGAAAUAGAGAAUGCAUUUUCAUGGCUAUCGACACUUGGCGGAGCUUAUUCUGCUCUGGGAGACUACUUUGAUCACUGUGCAGAGGAAGCAGGAAGGAUAUCAUUGAGACAGUACAGGCUAUCCUUAAUGCUUGGUGAUGAAGGUUUAGCUGCUCGAAGUCGGCUUUAUUCUGCUCUUUCCCAAGCUCAGAAGGGGAAUCUGCACAUAUCUAGGAAUAUUGUCAGGAACGUAGCUGCGUUCGCCAGAGAAACUCAUGAUAAGCGCCUGAUGCGAAUGUGCCAAGGUGUUUGGGCCAAACUUAAGUACUUGAGGUCUUUGAAACACGAGGCAAUUGCUCUGCAAAAAGACUGUGAUAUAAGUAAUGGGAAAGUAUCAAAUGCUAUAACAAAUUGAGUCAAAUACUCUUUGCAUAGUUGUUGGAAAUUCCUCUUGUCUAUGCACCAUCCAUUUCAUGUGAUCGAAAGAGGUUGUUUAAACUUCAACCAGCAAUAUUGUAUGUGCAUUAUUUUGUAGGUAUUCCAGUACUGAAUUGGAAUUUAUUAUAUGUAUUGUUAAAUAGUAUACUGCCAUAAUUAAUGAAACUGAACAAGGGUAUUUAAAAUAUGGUUUUAAUGAGAAUAAGAUAAUUUGUUGGUGUAUUAUGAUGUUUUUGUGGCUACAAUCUUCAAUAGUUUAAUUUUUUUCUAAUCAUAGUAGAGUAGUAAAAAAAAUUCAAAUCAACAUUCCCAUGUUGCACGAUAUUACUAAAAAGCACGGUCAAAAUUAUUGUUAUUAUAAGUUUGUACAACAAUGAAAUCACCUUCAAUGAUGAGUAUAAUAUAUGUCUCGAUUUCCAUAGAAUUAUCUCACUUUGGCUAGGUACAUGAAAGUGGAGUUUUAAUACCACUGCAAUAAUCAUAAUCACAUAAUUCUUUGCAAUACAGUUCAAGUUAUUGUAAAACCAUGUAUUCACUGAGAAACAAUUGUUUAUAAACACUGUUUCAGAAACAAUAUCUACGUGUUUCUGAAACAAAUAAUUUUGUUUCAGAAACAUACAAUUUUGUUUCUGUGGACGAUAUGGACGGCAGAGUUUCCGAAACAUUGUUGCUGUAAACAUCUACGUGAUGUUUCAGAAACUGUGUAUCUGAUAUAUUGUUUCCAAGUGAAUACAUGGCUUGAGUCCUAACAAACUUGACAGUAAUUGGCAUAUGCGGUUUUUGAAACAAUUGAUACAGGGAUUAGCAAUCUAUCCUAGAUAGAGGGAAAUAUUUGAGGAGCCACAAAACCUUUGGAAUUCCUCAUAUAAAUGCCUCUUUGCUAAAAGUACAAUCAAGAAUUAUUGAACAAAAUUUUCAUCAAAAUAUUGUAAUGAUUUGUUAAUUAAUGUGUAUUAUCACGCACUGUCUAGUGAAAUCGUAAUUGUUAUUUUCUUCGUUAAUUUGUUGGUGCUGUAAAUAAAUUUAAUUUAUGCCAAA